AUGCCGUUCCUCACGCCCAAGAAUACAGUGAGCGCGGCCCCGGCCUUUGUAUGGGAUGCCUUCCCUGCACCGCCCCCGGAGGCUGAGACGUGGACACCAGAUCCUGAUUGCAUCGCCAGGCCCGGAGAUCUUCCAGAUCCUCGGUUCAACCGUGACCCGGAACAUGACCGCCGUAGCAAGUCCUUUCGAAAGGAAGCGAAGAUGCUUGCUGCAGCACAACAACACAGCCAGCUGCCUGCGUCAAUGUCUACAAACGGUAAAUCUCUAGGUCUUGGGAUCGGUGCGUGGCCUGCUCCAGCUCCACGCAGUACAGGUUACCCUCGUGACCUGGUGCGAGGCUCUGGCUCUCCCUCACCUCCGGCAGAGCCUGUCAAAGAAAACGUUCAAAUCUCUAGGCCCAAGCUAGCUGUGACGAAGCCAGUCGCACGCGUCGCAGGUCCUCCCAAGGGCACGAUGGAGCUCAUGUCUGCGCCAUACCAUCGCCGUCCAGAGACGCCAGUCGCAUCAAAGGCUUCCACACGCUCAGUUUCACCCGUAAAGAGUCAACUCUCUGCAUGGGAGCUCAGGAUGGAGAAGGCAAUGACCGAAGAUGCUCCAGCAGCCGCUGCAAAGGCCUCGACUCGACCUGAGGCUAGUCGCAAGAAGUCGAUACCUCCUCAUUUGAGGACCAAGACCGACGACCUAGUCCAAGCUCACAAACAGCUCAGCUCGCUAGACCUGAAUCCGAACGCGAAAGUGUUCGAGGCGCCAGUCAAGGUCGUUGAGGAACAAGACAACGCCACGAGCGAGGCUUUGGCCUGGAAGGUUGCUAUGUCAGAGACCGGUAUCGAUCACGCUGAACAAGGCCUACGCGUGCAGCAAGAGCUACUUGAUGCGUGCAUUGCCAAGAAGUCUACCACGUCUAGCAUUCAACCUACGCCUGUCGCUACCACUAACAACACCAAGUACUGCGCUCCUCUCGAUCACGAAGCCAAGAAGAAUAUCUUGCUCAUACGCGCCAUGGAGCAUGAGAUGGAUCUUGAGAAGGUGGCACCUGAGCGCGAGCUCAUGGUUAUGCAGCGCGCCGAGCUUGACAGAUACUUUGUCAAGGUCUGCUCUGCUCACCAGCAAUGGUGGGAGGCUAUGGGAUCGGCAUGA